UGGAUGAGUCAAUUGGAGUGAACUAAUGACUCAAACAUAUGAUCUAGCUGAAGUAUGUGUCGAAACAAACUACUAUGGUGCAAAGAAAGUUACCAAAGCAUUCCUUCCUCUCCUCCGUCUAUCUGAUUCACCAAGAAUGUCAGUCUUACUUCUGGCAUGGGGACAUUACAGCAUAUACCAAAUGAAUGGGCCAAAGCGGUGUUAAGUGAUGCCGAAAACGUUACAGAAGAGAAAGUAGAGGAGGUCUUAAGUGAGUUUCUAAAGGACUUCAAAGAAGAUAUGCUUGAAACCAAAGGCUGGCCUCCUACCCCCUCUACCUAUACACUCUCAAAGGCAGCCUUGAAUGCAUACACCAGAAUUGUGGCCAAGAAGUACUCGAAGGUAUGCGUCAAUUGUGUUGAUCCUGGAUUUGUUAAAACAGAUAUGACCUGCAAUGCCGGCAUCUUAUCCAUCGAUGAUGCUACAAGUGUUGUGAGGUUGGCAAUGGCUCCAAAUGGUAGUCCUUUAGGUCUAUACUUCUAUGUACAAGAAGUCUCACCCUUUUAA